CAAUCUCUCUCUCGUCGCUCCCGAAGCUUGCUUGGUUAGCUGCUGUUCUUCUCUACGCGUGAAUCUAGCAUCGUAUUCCUUAUCCGCAACCAUGUCUGCCAUCCUCAAGUCGCGCGUGCGUGACCCGCGCUUCUUCACAAAGCUCCGUAAGGCCGAAGAUCUGAUUCCCGUCUUCAAGACCGGCGAUUACAUCGGUAUGUCUGGCUUCACCGGCGUCGGUGGACCCAAGGCUGUGCCUAUCGCCCUCCAAGAACACGUCGAGAAGAACAACCUCCAGGGACAGCUCCGCUUCAACCUCUUCGUCGGCGCCUCGUGCCCCGAUCCGAUUGAGGGAAAAUGGGCUGAGCUCGACAUGAUUGAGAGUCGCUCGCCGCAUCAGGUCGGCAAGCGCAUCUCCCGCGCUAUCAACACCGGCCACAUGACCUUCUUCGACAAGCAUCUCUCGAUGUGGCCCCAGGAUCUCACUUACGGAUACUACACGCUCAAGAAGGCCAAGCCGACCAUCGACGUCGCCAUCGUCGAGGCCACCGCCAUCACCGAGGACGGCGCUCUCAUCCCCGGUGCGUCCGUCGGCGCCACUCCCGAGCUGCUCAUGAUGGCCGAGAAGAUCAUCGUCGAGGUCAACACCAAGCUUCCCUCGUUCGAGGGUCUCCACGACGUCAUGGUCCCCGAGCACCCGCCCUACCGCAAGCCCUUCAUGGUCGAGGACGCCGCCCAGCGCAACGGUCUUCCCUACAUCCCAAUUGACUUUGACAAGGUCGUCGGCGUCGUCGAGUCCGACUACGCCGAGCUCGUCGGUCCCAACACCCCUGCCGACGCCGUCUCGCAGGCGAUCGCCGGCCACCUCGUCGAGUUCCUCGAGCAUGAGGUCAAGAUGGGCCGCAUGCCCGAGAACCUGCACCCUCUGCAGUCCGGCAUCGGCAACAUCGCCAACGCCGUCGUCGAGGGUCUCGCGGGCGCGUCGUUCAAGAACCUGACUGUCUGGACCGAGGUCUUGCAGGACUCGUUCCUCGACUUCUUCGACUCUGGCAACCUCGACUUUGCCACCGCGACCUCCAUCCGUCUCUCGCCCGAGGGUUUCGAGCGCUUCUUCGAGAACUGGGACGAGUACUCCAAGAAGCUCCUCCUGCGCUCGCAGCAGAUCUCCAACGCGCCCGAGAUCAUCCGCCGUCUCGGCGUGAUCGCCAUGAACACCCCUGUCGAGGUCGACAUCUACGCGCACGCAAACUCCACCAACGUCAUGGGCUCGCGCAUGCUCAACGGUCUCGGCGGCUCCGCCGACUUUUUGCGUAACGCCAAGCUGUCGGUCAUGCACACGCCCUCGUCGCGCCCGUCCAAGGUCGACCCGCACGGACUGUCGUGCAUCGUCCCCUUUGCGACCCACGUCGACCAGACCGAGCACGAUCUCGAUGUCGUCGUCACCGAGCAGGGUCUCGCUGACCUGCGCGGUCUGUCUCCUCGUGAGCGCGCGCGCGUCAUCAUCAGCAAGACCGCGCACCCCGAAUACAAGCCUAUCCUGACCGACUACCUCGACCGCGCCGAGAGCUUGGCUAUCAAGACUGGUUCGCUCCAUGAGCCGCAUAUCCUCAAGGACGCGUUCAAGAUGCAUAUUAACCUGCAGGAGAAGGGCACCAUGAAGUUGGAGAGCUGGGACUAAGCUAUCUGUCCGCUGAACAGAUCUACAUAUUCACUCAUUUCAUGUAAUUUAAUCUACCACCUUUUUUUGUUCUGUCUUGAGU